AUGAAGGUUAACUUCCUUAACAGAAAAACUACCAAUGACUUUUAGCCCCGAUAAAUUGCAACGAAGCUGAAUUCAACUAACUACAAAUAACCUUUUGAGCUGCCCUCUUAACCUUAUAAGGUGAAUUUAGGUUCAAUUGAAAGAACAUUAAUGUUGAAUGGAACUAUUAGCAAUAAUGGGAAUAUGCAGAAUUAAGUCUAGACUUAAAAUAAAUUGAUAAAAGGAACUUUGAGUAGAGAGACACUCUUUGGCAGUAAAACUAGUUGCUAUGAAAGUAAUUAAAAUAAUGAAGUAAAAAGCAAUAAUCCUCAUCAUGGUGCAACUGUCAGACAAAAUCAUAGCAAUAGUAAUAAGUUACAGCAAAACCAGACAAAAAGAAGAUUCUUAUCUCCAGAUGAAGAACAAAAUGUUGAAUUGGGGGUAAACAUAAAUGGCCUAGGACUCAGCAAAAAGAAUGUCAUUCACUCAUCCAAAAGGAAUAUUAGUAUGUAGAGGAAAUAAACAUUAAAUUCCUCCUCAAAUUCUAUAAGCAAUCAGGAUUAAUAAGCUUAGCCUUAAAUAAGAUAGGGGUUCAUUAGAAAGGAGGACCAAAUCUUGUAGAGACUCAUCAAUCAAGAGAAAUAUCUUGACUCUUAACUUAAACAGCUUGAAUAAAAAUAUAGUGAAAUGGAAAUAAAUCCAGGAACUUACAAUAGUAACGGCAGAAUACUAGCAGAUUCUAAUUUAUUUUUAGACAAAGCUAGCCUACUACAGAGAGCUGAAAAAGCUCAUCAAGAAUUAAGAAACUACUUUGCUAAGCUAGAUAAGAACCAAUUCACUGCAACUUAAUCUUCAUCUGAUUCUACAGCUGAAGAUAAUAAUAUUGGUGGCCUGUCAUCUCUCCCACCAAUUGAUUCAUUGCCAGGGACAGCUUCAAAUGGUAAAACAAUGCUACAUUCUAGUGGGACAAUGUCAAGAGCUGACACAGCUACGAAUGAGAGUAACAAGGACAAUCAAAUGCAUAAUUAGAUUCAAAAUAGUUAAGCAAGAAGAAGGCCAGUUCAAUCAUAGACUAGGGUUUAAAUGUCAUUUAAAGAUCAGGCACAAUAAAUUAUUCCAGAUACAAUGGAUAUGUAGUUAAGGAAGUAAAUAACCAGCUCAGACGACCUAAAUAUAAAUAAAUUAGAGGAUUAUUAAUUGAUAAGACUAUUAGGCUCAGGAGCUUAUGCUACAGUUAAACUUGGCUAAAACAAAAAGUCUAAAUAAAAAGUUGCCAUCAAAAUUUAUCCUAAGUACAAGCUAAACGAUCCAACUAAGAAAAAAGCUGUAUAAAGAGAGAUUAUAUGUAUGAAGAAGCUUGACCAUCCAAACAUAGUAAAAUUAUUCGAGAACUUUGAGACAUCUAAAGAAGUCUACCUAAUUUAGGAGUAUAUUAACGGAGUUAGUCUGUAUCAAUAUAUUAAAAACAAGACUUCAAAGAGAAUCUUAGCUGAGGAUCAAGCCAGAUUCUUCUUCAAGCAGCUUUGUGAAAGUGUGAGAUAUCUUCAUAGCUAAAAUAUCUGUCAUAGAGAUCUCAAACUUGAAAAUAUUCUAGUAGACGACAGAAAUAAUGUAAAACUUAUUGACUUUGGCUUUAGUAUAUGUACUCCACCUGAUUAAAAGCUAAAGAUAUUCUGUGGGACCCCAUCUUACAUGGCUCCUGAAAUAGUCUUGAAGAAAGAUUACUGUGGUUUCUCAACAGAUGUAUGGUCAUUAGGGAUCAUCCUCUUUGUGAUCCUAUCAGGCAACUAUCCAUUCAAGGGCUAAAACGAGAGAGAUUUGUUUAGUAAAAUAUCAAGAGGGCUUUUCCAUAUGCCUGAAACCGUACCUUUCGAGGCAAAGCGACUCAUUACUAAAAUGCUCAAUGUAGAUCCAUUGAAAAGACCUUCAACUAAGGAAGUAAGAUCAUAUUCCCUUUUUACAUUACUUUAGUUAUGUGCCGAUAGAUGGCUAUCUUUUCCAAGAGCAAUGGUUGGAAUGACUGGCAGCUUUAUCUCUCCAGCAUAAUUCUUCUCUAAUUCAGAAAUUAUCCUCCAAUGA